AUGGCACAAGCAGUUCUGCCACAUGAACCAAAGACACAGUCGUUUAAACUGUUGAAUGGUCAUGCCAUACCAGCUGUUGGAUUAGGCACAUGGAAAUCUGGUUCACAAGCCACUAAUUCUGUUUUCACUGCCAUUGUUGAGGCUGGUUACAGACACAUAGACACUGCUUCCCAGUAUGGAGUUCAAGACGAAGUUGGACAUGCACUUCAAUCUGCCAUGCAAGCAGGAGUGGAAAGGAAGGAUCUCUUUGUCACCUCCAAGCUAUGGUGCACUGAUUUGACCCCUGAAAGGGUUCGACCUGCCCUCAACAAUACCCUUCAAGAACUCCAACUUGACUACCUUGAUCUUUACUUGAUUCAUUGGCCAUUUCGAUUACAAGAUGGGGCCAGCAGGCCUCCCAAAGAAGGAGAAGUGUUAGACUUCGACAUGGAAGGAGUGUGGAGAGAAAUGGAGAAUCUUGUCAAGGAAAACCUCGUUAAAGACAUUGGAAUCUGCAAUUUCACUCUUAAAAAGCUUGAUAAGCUACUAAGCAUUGCUCAAAUAAUGCCUUGUGUUUGCCAGAUGGAGAUGCAUCCUGGGUGGAGAAAUGUUAAGAUGCUUGAGGCUUGCAAGAAGAAUGGCAUCCAUGUCACUGCUUACUCUCCACUGGGCUCAUCAGAUGGUGGGAGAGAUCUGAUCCAUGAUCAAACGGUUGAUAGGAUAGCCAAGAAGCUGAACAAGAACCCAGGGCAGGUUUUGGUGAAGUGGGCCAUCCAGAGAGGGACAAGUGUCAUUCCCAAAUCAACCAAGCCACAGAGGAUCAGAGAGAAUGUCAGUGUUUUCAAUUGGGAAAUUCCAGAACAAGACUACAAAGCCCUUAGCAAUAUACCAGAUCAGAGGAGAGUUCUUGAUGGUGAAGACCUCUUUGUGAACAAGAGCGCAGGGCCAUUGAGGAGUGUGGAAGAUAUCUGGGACCAUGAAGAUUAG